AUGCAGCCCUCAUCCGUUACACGCUCUCGCCGGCCGUCAGCAAUGGACAUGGACGUAGACGAAGUUCAUCCAGAUCCUCGUCUGGUUCUGCGCGUUGCAGAAGACGACUACUACGAAAUUCUCCAAGUCAGCCCGAGUGCCUCCAAAAAGGUCAUCAAGGCCGCCUCUGACGCUCUCCGUCUCAUGAGCCAGCCAACGGAAGAGUGCGCCACGCCAGAGCCCACGGCCAACGCUAGCCUUAUGCUGAAAGCACAGCGGAUCCUUCUCGACGACCAUGCGCGCCAGGCGUACGAUCGACACGUCCUUCCCGGCGUCCUGGCUCGGCGGGUCGCAGCACGCAGGGCCGUGCCAGCCAACACUGUGCCAAACCGUUUCGUGCCAUCCAACGUAAAAAUCCGGGCACCAACUGCGGGCAAAAAACGAAAGACCUCCGAGCCGGACGCUAGAUUGGUGGAUUUGGACCUCUACAGGAUGCGGCUGACCAUCCAGACCGCGGCCCAGACGGUAGACGACGACCUGCAACGGCUCACUCGUAUCAUCAAAGAGAGGAGACACAUCCGAAUGGACGACGACAGCAACCUCUGGUAUGGUCAUUUCAAGACGGCGUCUGACAUUCGGAAGCAGCUCGACUGUCCAAGUUGGAGGCUGCGCCUGGACAUCGCCGCAGAAUUGGCCAAGUCGUUGAGGCACGAGCAGGCAUCGCUCGAGAGAUACCGGGAUUAUUUCUGA